AUGCCAGGCCCUCUGGGUACCAGCCACAGAUGCAAGGAGGACUCCAAGAUGCUGGGGCAUCAGGAGCUUCAGGAGGUCUGCGAGCCGGAAGACGUGUUGGAGCGCCGCUCGCGGCUGCGCCACGCGGGGAUCCCAGCGAAUGGCUUGGACCGCCUGUGGUAA